GGGGGGUGUUCAUAAUAUACCUUUAGAGACAAUUCCUCCUUAUUGUCCUCUCUGAGGAGCGUUGGAUUGAAGUAACUUCCGGACAAUAUUCAGAUUUUGAAUCCAUUCCUUGUGUAAAAUAUAAGGUCUAGGAUGUCUUCUGUCAGUCUUGUGAUUUACCACCUAGCACCUGCUACUUUUCAGGCAACUGCUGAUCUCAUUUAAUGGCCUUUCUGUGCAUGUUUGUAUUUGUCUUCUUGAUGGGAACAAAAGUUCUUCCGUCCGUCUUCUGUGGUCUUUGGCCUUUUUGGCAUGGAGCUGUAUUUUUCCUUUGUCUUCUCAGAUUUGUUUAGGAAAUGGCUAAAGGGACCACAGGACGACGUAGGAAUGGUUCUCGACGGUGCAGGGCGACCCCAUAUCCUUUGCCAUCUGCUAACCUUUCUGAACAUGUUCACCAAAAGAAAUGCUCUAAAAUCUUUGAGAAGAAAGACUGGGAAGAUGCAACAUGUUCUGUAUGCAUGGAAUAUCCCCAUAACGCCGUGCUGCUCCUGUGUUCCUCUCAUGACAAAGGUUGCCGCCCCUACAUGUGUGGAACUAGUUUGCGCUAUUCAAACUGCCUGGAUCAGUACAAGAAAGCCUACACUAAAGCAACACUGCCAGAUAAUAAUCAACCUACGCAGGGUACUACUGAUACUCCAACUGCUGACUCAUUUUCUACUUGGCCUUCUGAGAAAACUGAGGUCACAGAAGUUGCUUGCCCACUAUGUAGAGGCCAGGUGAAGGGAUGGACUGUGGUUGAACCUGCAAGAGAAUAUCUAAAUAUGAAGAAGCGUAGCUGCAUGCAGGAUGAUUGCUCGUUUGUUGGAAGCUACAAGGAGAUACGAAAACAUGUUAAGGCAGAGCACCCCAGUGCUAGGCCACGUGAGGUAGAUCCUUCUCUUGAACAAAAAUGGAGAAGGCUUGAGAGGGAACGAGAGAGGGAUGAUGUUAUCAGCACUAUAACUACUUCUAUGCCAGGGGCUGUGGUUUUUGGUGAUUAUGUGAUAGAAGGAAGCCAUUAUGGUUUUGAUUCGGAGGAUGAAGAGGGUUUUGAUGCAAAUGAGAUGAUGAAUGGGAAUGAAGGUUUUGGUGCGGGAAUCGAUCGCAACUUGAUGAAUGUGUUUCUGUUUUUGCAGGCUUUUGGUUCAGCAGGUAAUAUUGGGUCAAAUCGGGUUAUGAGGCGGCAUGAGAGGGACAUAAGUGACACUGUGGAUAGAGGUGCUGGUGGAAUUGACCGAAACCUCCCAAUUGGUGGUUUUGAGUACUCUGACGAAGACAGUGACAAUAGUGGGGAUGAUAAUGAUGAUAGUGGUAUAUCACUAGUUGGACGUCUUCGUCGUGAAGGUAGAGUCCUUUUGGGUCGUUCUGGGAGGAGACGAAGACGUAGAGAGGCCAACGCAGGUCGGAGAUAGAUGUAAUUUGUGUAUGUUUGAAACUGUGAAAAAAGAAAUAAUUAUAGGUCUUAGUUUAGGAUUUAACUGUGCUCUAACAUUCUCAUGCACAUCUGCCUCAGAUUGAUGUUUGAUACAUGGUAGAUUGUAGGAUGGCUCAGAAUUAUUGGCGGGCACUUGAAGAAAGCUCAGUUUCACUGUGAUUUGUAGUCUGUAAUUUCCUUAUUCUGUCUGAACAUUUAUCUGUCAAUUCUUGUAUGAAUGCAAUUUCUGAUGUACAUUUUUA